CUCUGGGGAGAGUCAAACUGGAUUCCAUAGGGAAAGCCUGCAAAUCACUUCUAUUUUAGCAAAGAGAAAACAGAAUCUCCAUCCAGCAGGGUCCACCCCUCUCUCUUUCUCCUUCUCCUCUCUUUCUAUCUUUUCCCUCCCCCUCCUCUCCCUCUCUCCCCUCCCCCCACCCUCUCUGGUGUCUCUGUCUACGGCGACCAGCGUCCUCCUCUGCACGCACUCAAAGGAAAGAAACAUCUUUGGUUGGGAGAGAAGGAGGAAAAAAAAAGAGAGAGAGAGAGGAAAAAACUUGCCUGGUUGUGGAAAAUGACACUUGAAGUAGCAAAGCCGGCAGCGCGAGUUGAGUCUAUUGUUUCUUAAAUUGCCAUCAGGUUUUUUUUCUUCCUGCUUCUUCAAGUGAAGGUACCGCUACAAAAGGCAACUCGGCCCCUCCUGUCCUGCACCGGCCUGUGACCACUACAAAAAAAAAAAAAAAAAAAAAAAAAAAAAGCGCAAAAAAAAAAAAAAAAAAACAACACCCAAACCAAAAUCAACCAACCAAACAACCCCCAACAGCCAAGCAUACAUCUCUAAUUUUUUUAUUUUGGUCUUUUCGUUGGAUUUUCCCUUUUUUCUUUUUUUUUUCUCUCCUUUUUUUUCUAGUUAUCGCUCAGUUUUGAGCAAAGGUUUACAUUUUUUAAAAAUUUGCUUUCCAGCCCGCCUUGAUCUUCUAACGCGAGUUCAUCGUCUCAAAAAAAAAAUCUGGUUGGCGUUUUUCUUUGCUUUUUUUUUUUUUUUUUAAUAUUUUCAAGGGGGAGGAGAUUUUCCACAAGAAAAGGUUGUUUUCAUGUUUGGGAUUCAGGAAAGCAUCCAACGGAGUGGAAGCAGCAUGAAGGAAGAGCCGCUGGGCAGCGGCAUGAACGCGGUGCGGACGUGGAUGCAGGGCGCCGGGGUGCUGGACGCCAACACGGCGGCGCAGAGCGGGGUGGGUCUGGCCCGGGCUCACUUUGAGAAGCAGCCGCCCUCCAAUCUGAGGAAAUCCAACUUCUUCCACUUCGUCCUGGCCCUCUACGACAGACAGGGCCAGCCCGUGGAGAUCGAGAGGACAGCCUUUGUGGGGUUCGUGGAGAAGGAAAAAGAAGCCAACAGCGAAAAGACCAAUAAUGGGAUUCACUACCGGCUCCAGCUCCUCUACAGCAAUGGGAUAAGGACAGAGCAGGACUUCUACGUGCGCCUCAUUGACUCCAUGACAAAACAAGCCAUAGUGUACGAAGGCCAAGACAAGAACCCAGAAAUGUGCCGAGUCUUGCUCACACACGAGAUUAUGUGCAGCCGCUGUUGUGACAAGAAAAGCUGUGGCAACCGAAAUGAGACACCCUCAGAUCCAGUGAUAAUUGACAGGUUCUUCUUGAAAUUUUUCCUCAAGUGUAACCAAAAUUGCCUAAAGAAUGCAGGAAACCCACGUGACAUGCGGAGAUUCCAGGUCGUGGUGUCUACGACAGUCAACGUCGAUGGCCAUGUCCUGGCAGUCUCUGAUAACAUGUUUGUCCAUAACAACUCAAAGCACGGGCGGAGGGCGCGGAGGCUUGACCCCUCGGAAGGUACGCCCUCUUAUCUGGAACAUGCAGCUACUCCCUGUAUCAAAGCCAUCAGCCCGAGUGAAGGAUGGACGACGGGAGGCGCAACUGUGAUCAUCAUAGGGGACAAUUUCUUUGAUGGGUUACAGGUCAUAUUCGGUACCAUGCUGGUCUGGAGUGAGUUGAUUACUCCUCAUGCCAUUCGUGUGCAGACCCCUCCUCGGCACAUCCCUGGUGUUGUGGAAGUCACAUUGUCCUACAAAUCCAAGCAGUUCUGCAAAGGGACGCCAGGCAGAUUCAUCUACACAGCGCUCAACGAACCCACCAUUGAUUAUGGUUUCCAGAGGUUACAGAAGGUCAUUCCCCGGCACCCUGGAGACCCUGAGCGUUUACCAAAGGAAGUAAUACUCAAAAGGGCUGCAGAUCUGGUAGAAGCACUGUAUGGGAUGCCACACAACAACCAGGAAAUUAUUCUGAAGAGAGCAGCUGACAUUGCAGAGGCCCUGUACAGUGUGCCCCGCAACCACAACCAGCUCCCAGCUCUCGCUAACACCUCGGUCCAUGCAGGGAUGAUGGGCGUGAAUUCCUUCAGCGGACAACUGGCUGUGAACGUCUCGGAGGCAUCACAAGCCACCAAUCAGGGUUUCACCCGCAACUCAAGCAGUGUGUCACCCCAUGGCUACGUGCCCAGCACCACCCCGCAGCAAACCAACUACAACUCAGUCACCACAAGCAUGAAUGGCUAUGGCUCUGCUGCCAUGUCCAACCUGGGCGGCUCCCCGACCUUCCUCAACGGUUCAGCUGCCAACUCGCCCUAUGCCAUUGUGCCAUCCAGCCCCACCAUGGCCUCUUCCACAAGCCUCCCUUCCAACUGCAGCAGCUCCUCGGGCAUCUUUUCCUUCUCACCAGCCAACAUGGUAUCAGCCGUGAAACAGAAGAGUGCUUUCGCACCUGUUGUCAGACCCCAGACCUCCCCGCCUCCCACCUGCACCAGCACCAAUGGGAACAGCCUGCAAGGGCACUUCUGGCUGGCAAAUUGGGAAUGCAACACCAAAGCAACCAUCGCUUCUAACAGGUGUAGACACUGGCAAGUAUGUAUGGAACAAGUGCAGCAUUCCUGAGCAGCCAGUCUGAACCCUUGAUCCACAUAGAUUUGAUGUUGGGAACAAGAUGUGCUGGGGUUUGCAGUCGAUAGCUGAAGGCUGGUACUCCAGAAGGCAGGGCCCAUCUACGGGAGAGAGACCAGCAUCGUGGCUGUCCGUGGGACAUCAGUGGGGGCCCUUCAGCAAAGCUGAAGCCUUCCCAUGCCACAUGUUUCUAUCAAGGAGCCUGAAGGGGCUGAAAAUAGGAGCUGGUCCCAGCAUACAGAACCUCCUGGGUUUUAGGAUGAACUGGUAAUGUAAGUGUGUGUGUGUGUGUUCAAUGACAGAAUAGCUUCCAGUCACACAUACAAAGUGUGUUUGUUCCCCAGGACAUUUCCAGCCCAAUUCUAAAUGUACAGAGACUGCUGUCCCUGUCUGAUCAGGAGCCCAGUCUGUCACCACCACCUUUUUUCACAUGUGGCCACACAACAUGGAGAGUUUGAGGUCUGAUCAGGGGCUUGUGGCCUCUGUGGCCCCCAAUCCCAUCCUCUCACUAUUAAGAAUUAUUAACAGUAGGAAAAAAUGUGGCUUUUGUUUUUCAAUACCGUAAUGCACCAAACAUUCCUGCUUUUGAGCAGGUGAUGGCAGUGGAGGUAUGAGUAGAGAAGUGAAAGUUGAAGUAACUGAGACCAAUCUUAGCUUAAGCUGUCCACUCCACCGCUAGCCCCUACCCCUCACAAAUAGGACUCCUUUGCUCCCCACGUCCACCCCAGGAACUGUACCUUCCCCCACAGCACACAAUCUCCAGCAGGGCAGGGAAGACCCAGCCUGAGGAGGGCAACAUCAUUUUCUCCAGUGACUCUUGCUUAGCUCUUAAAGUCUCUGCUGAGAAAAGUGACAUUCUGGGGCCAGCACUGUGGCGUAGCAGGUCAAGCUACCACCUGCAGUGCCAGCAUCCCACAUGGGCGCCGGUUCAAGUCCCAGCUGCUCCACUUCUGAUCUAGCUCUCUGCUAUGGCCUGGGAAAGCAAUGGAAGAUGGCCCAAGUCCUUGGGCCCCUGUGCCCACGUGGGAGACCUGGAAGAAGCUCCUGGCUCAUGGUUUCCAAUCAGCGCAGCUCUGACUAUUGCGGCCAUCUGGGGAGUGAACCAGCGGAUGGGAGACCUCUCUCUCUCGACCUCUCUCUCUCUCUCUCUGCCUCUCCUUCUCUCUGUGUAUAACUCUGCCUUUCAAAUAAAUAAAUCUUAAAAAAAAUGACAUUCUGACAGUGGGCUUCUAGAAUGACUUCAUCUUUAGCUUUUUAAACUCCACUGCUACCAUGAAAAAGGGACAUGGAUGAAUUAUAGAAUGGAGGUAAGGAUCCCUGAAUGAAUUCAAUUUUCAAAAAUUGUU